CGUUCCUCCGCCGCUCACUCGUAUGGCACACUGAGGCUGCGGCUCACGACCGCCAGGGCCGUCUACGACCUGGGAGGAAAUCAAGGCAACCGAGGCCACACAAACGAAGUUCCCUAGACCUCGGCGGCGCCCACUUACACCUCAGUCUUCGUCGGUCAAUUCUACUUCGAACGGACCGAUGCUCGAUUACUGCUCAAGCUCGAAGCAAAUGCAUUGGCAGUGAUUGCGCUCACAGCUGUUCUGCGAUGGGAUUCAGGCGGGGGGACUGGCUAUCGCUGGUCGUAGCGUUUGCAGAGUCGAUCUGUCGAUUUGGUGUCUGUGUCAGGAGCAGGGAGCAGGGAGUCAGUACGAUGCGGAGCGACGUAUCAGCAGCGGUUCAAUCUGUAAGGCACUUCUCCGAAUAUAGGUCCACUAUUGUAGGGCACUCCGGACGCUACGAAUGGUCCCGAUUGCGGCACUCGUUCCUCCCGAGUUGUUGCAGCGACCCUUCCGCCUCUCUUCUCCGUGCUCGUACGUACACCAGCCAAUACACCACAACAAGUUCCUUUCGCUCCGUGGUCGGGUCAAACUUCCAGCCAAGGGCCACAUACCGACACGGUACAGUAGCACUUUGCGCGUGGGCGUGCGGGACGGAUGAACGGACUUGUUCGUGCUCUCGAGCCUUGCCUUCCCGUCAAUCCAUUGUUUCAGCUGGACAUGGCUGCGUACGAGUGCUACCACCUUUCCGCCUCGGUGCUUCAACCAAGAUACAGUUCUAUGGUCCGACACGCACGGCUCGAGGUAAGCCGUGCUUGUCGCGAAGCCGCCCAUCUUCUACCGAAUACUUUCUGCUGGGUCAGGACUCACCUGUCGUAGACCCGCUUCAGAGCUCGACGCAGAUCAGUGCCCUACUGGACGGCGAUCAUGCAACAGCCGUUCGCCGCAUGUGGGUGCGAUGCUAUGUCGGGUUCGUUCACGCUCACCUUUCACCCGCAUCCCCCCACUUCUUCGCUGCGAAACCCAAUACACCCGUGAACGUGCAGGAGAAGCAGACCGCGGCUGCGCUCAACCGCAAGACUUGUCCAAUCAGCUUCAAAUUGCUGGCGUGUACAUCCGCGGCGAACGUGAUGCAGCUUCUCGAGUCCGUCUUCACGCAGACCGGGUCAUGCCGUAUGCCCUUUCUCGCUCCGAAUCCUGGGUUCUACUCCGGGUUCCCAGCGACUCUACGUGACUCGUGUACAGAAUAGCACUCACCGUAUCCCGUUAAUACCUCAAUAUAUGCUCGGUCGGAUUGCUGCGUUUAUGAAGCAAGGCCCCAGGACCUGAUCUCGUAGCCUGGAGGUGCUCCAUGGUCGGUUCCUCGCAGUUACGAACCAUACCGACGUCCUCGCACCGCCCGUAUCCAUUGCGUUAUGGGUCAACGCACGGAAGACACGUGGUAGGCCGAUGGAGUGGUAGAUUGAAGUGAGG